AUUCAUAUGGAAACUUCCCUGUGCAUGAAUUUAUUUAAGCCUUUUCAUUUACAACACAAAUAGGCCAUCAUUUUAUUUGAAUGAAUUUCAUUAUGACACUGACACAGACUUAAGGAUAAAGAAGUUCUUUUGUUUGCUAAACGGACAGGAGCGGUACAUGUUUACAGCAAUCUAAGAAAACUAUGAAAGUGCGUUCGUGGUUUUCAGCCGUUCUCAGAACGAUUCUUAUCCCGUUUUCAACUGCUGAAGCAGAAGUGAAUUCCGAAGAAAACGAAAAUGAUGCGAACGAAGAGAUAUCUCCCACACUGACCUUUGCACAUUUGGUAUCUUGCCUCUGUGUGGUGCUUGGCAUUUAUUCCGGGAAACAGACGACGGACGAUACCGCACGGUUUGUUGUGUGGGGAUUGGUCAUAGGCCUUGUCGGGUGCGGAUUGUUGGCCUUGAUUGUCUUAAUAUGUUCUAACUCGUUCGUGCAAAAUCAACGUGACAAAGAAGUGCCAAAAGACUAUUCUCUAAAUUUAAGAGUUGUUUUUCUCUGGCUCUUUGGACUUGGUGUCAUUUUGAAAAGCGCUGUCUACAUCGCUAUCAAAAUAGAAUGUUUUUCAAUAUUGUCUCAAGAUUUUAUAAUGUAUGUCAGUAUCUUUAGUACAGUCCUUUUUAUUUGUUUUAUUGUUUUGCAAAUGGGAACCAUAACAUAUUACAGAAACUAUCAUUUCAGAAAGUCAACUCGAAUUAAUUUUGCAAUCGUAUUCCUUUCGCUGGCAAAUUUUGCAGUGUGGUUGAAUUCUGUUGUUAGCAAUUUAAAUGGAAUUUAUGCCACAAAUCCCAAUGAAACCACACACAUGAAAAUUUUCAAAAACGAAUCAGAAUGCUUCUUUAGUUCUAAAAUCAACAAAGGGUUAGCACAAAAGCUCAUCCCCUUCUUUUUGUUGCCAACUCAGGUGGAAUUUUUCAUCCUAGCAUCAAGUUUUGUACUGUCAUUUUGGCAUUCUCUGCCAGAACAACGAAGUUGGGAAACUGAAAUUGAUUUAGAAGAAACAGGAACGUUCUCCGAGGAAUCUCAGGAACUUUUACCGCUGUUGCCUCGCAAUACUGAAAAUCGGGCUAGUAACGUUGUUGUCAUUAUGAUUUCCGUCAUCCUAAAUCUGCCUACGUUCCUGACUUGGCUUCUCCUUUCGUUCGUGUACACAGACUUCAAUAUUGGACUUCGCAAUGCAUAUGAAAUCUGUAACUGUAUCAAUUCUAUUGCGACCAUCACAAUUGUUUACAUUGCGUUCGACCAUUUAUCGAAAACUUAUUCCAUGAGUAAAUAUCAGCGUUCUCUGACAACGAGUGAAAUAAUUCUUGUUUUCAGCUCGGCUGGAGUAGUCGCAUAUAGUACUUACGGACUACUUUUCGCUCUGCAAGGAAAUUUUGAGGAACAUUCUUCCGUCUUUUUACGAAACUUUAUUGAGAUAAUAGAGACCUUUUUACAAACAUCUCUUUUGAUACAGUGUCAGCGCUACAUAUUAUCUGAGCAAAGGUCCUCACUUCUGUCUUCUCUGGCAUUAAUUUUGACGAUAACAAACUUAAUUAAUUGGUUCCUCUACUCCAUAUAUCAAAAUAUACCCGCAGAAGGACAGGAGAAAAUUGUUGGUAACAGACGGAAUUGGGCAUAUGUUCAAACCAUUCUUGUGCCAUUGCUCAUCUUCUAUAGGUUUACAUCUGCUAUGAAUUCGUAUUCACUUUAUCAUCAGAUUAAACCUUGA